CUCUCCCCCAGCUCACUCUCGGCAGCAAGAAGAGAGUUGACCGCUGGAUGGCAGGCUGUGUGACUUGUGCCAGGCAUCGAUCUGCCAGUCUGCGCCGUCUCUCCACCCUCCCGCUGUCUCUUCCCCUUGCAGCACUCUCCGCCUGUCUCAGCACCAUCUGCCCAUCGCCCGCUCCAGUCCUGUUUACUUGUGCCUGGCACCGGAGCCCUGUGCCCGCCUCGCCACUUGUGACUACUUUGUGAUCUCCCCCCUUAGUUCUGCGCCCCCCUCCCCGGGCGAGAGGUGGUAAUAAUGUGGCUGCUCCCAGCAUUGGGAUAACUCCUAAACUGCAUUUUGGGCACUGGAGGUGGAGCUUGCACCCAACAGGAGCAGCAAGGGGGGGUCUUGGAGGGACCUCAUUGGAAAGAUGGACGCUAGCAAAAUGGCUGUGAGUAUAAACAAAGCUAUCAACACUCAAGAAGCCGCCGUGAAGGAAAAGCACGCAAGAACUUGUAUUUUGGGAACGCACCACGAGAAGGGAGCUCAGACAUUUUGGGCAGCUGUGAACCGGCUGCCCCUGUCGAGCAAUGCAGUCCUCUGCUGGAAAUUUUGCCAUGUGUUCCACAAGCUGCUCCGAGAUGGACACCCAAAUGUUUUGAAGGACUCUUUGCGCUACAAGAAUGAACUGAUUGACAUGAGCCGGAUGUGGGGCCACCUUAGCGAUGGGUAUGGUCAAUUAUGCAGCAUCUACCUGAAGCUCCUGAACACCAAGAUGGAUUUCCACACAAAGAAUCCUCGUUUCCCUGGCAACCUUCAGAUGACUGACAGGCAGCUGGAUGAAGCCGGAGAGAACGAUGUCAAUAAUUUCUUUCAGCUUACGGUGGAAAUCUUUGACUACAUGGAGUGGGAGCUGAAUCUCUUUCAUACAGUUUUCAAAUCGUUGGACAUGUCCCGUUCUGUGUCUGUCACCGCUGCUGGCCAGUGCCGACUCUCGCCUCUAAUCCAAGUCAUACUAGACUGCAGCCACUUGUAUGACUACACUGUGAAACUCCUCUUCAAACUUCACUCUUGCCUUCCUACGGACACAUUACAGGGUCACCGAGAUCGUUUUAUGGAACAGUUUCAAAAGUUGAAGGAUUUGUUUUACCGUUCGAGUAACCUGCAAUACUUCAAGCGUCUACUACAGAUCCCACAGCUUCCAGAGAACCCACCAAACUUCUUGAGAGCUUCUGCCUUAUCUGAGCACAUUAGUCCGGUGGUUCUCAUACCUACAGGAAACUCUCCCCCUGACAGCGAAACUUUGGUGGAGACUGAUGAUCUUGUUGGGAUGGACUCGUCAUCUCACCAGAGUAUGCCUGAAAAUAAGUUUGACGAUAUAUUUGGCAGCUCCUUCGGCAACGACCCUUUCAAUUUCAGCAGCCAGAACGGCAUGACCAGGGAUGACAAAGAUCGGCUCAUAGAACAGCUCUAUAAAGAAAUUGCUAUUCUACGAGGUGAUUUUGGAAACUUCAAAGCAGAGAGUCAUCGGCUGGUUAGCAAUCUCAAGGGUCGGAUCCAAGAGCUAGAGGCAGAUCUAGCAGAGCAGAGGCAUCUUCGAGAGCAGGCAGUGGAUGAAAAUGAGUUCCUGCACACAGAGUUGGAGGAGUUGAAGAGGAAGAGACAGGAUACUGAGAAAGCCCAGAAGAGUCUGACUGAAAUAGAAAGAAAAUCCAUAGCAAAUGAGCAGCGAUAUACCAAGCUGAAGGAGAAGUACGCAGAGCUGGUUCAGAGCCAUGCAGAUCUUUUGAGAAAGAAUGCUGAAGUCACAAAGCAGAUGACCUUGGCUCGAGAGGCACUGGGGGACAUGGAACGCUCUAAAAAAGAGCUGGAGGAUUCCUACCAACGUGUGAAUGAGCAUACACAGAGGAAGGCACAAGAGCAGAUUCAUCAGAUGGAUGAGUUACAGGGGGCGCUACAGAGCAAGAAACAGGAAGUUCAGCUCCUCCAGGGCAGUCUAGAGACCUCUAAACAGGAUUGUCUCACACAAUUUAAAGAACUUGAAGAAGGUUUUCUACAGCGACUGAUGCAGGAAGUGGAAGGAAUAAUCCAUGAAGCACUCCAGAAACUGGAUGAACCGCUGUACACCAGUGGCAGUGUGUCUACAGACUUUCUAAUCUCCAGAACAGUGGCAGCAGUAGACAGUACUGAGAAAUUAGACGAGGCUUGGAAGAAACACAUGUCUGAUACCUCAGAUGUCAAUUCUCUGUUGCCAAAUUUGGUCCAGUUUGCACAUAGAAUAAGCGAUGUGAUCAUGCAAGGAGCCCAGACCAGGACAUCUGACAAGCUAUGUGAUAGCUGUCGUACAUGUGGUACUGAAGCUUUGACCUAUCUCUCCGCCCUGAAGAACAAAGCCAUGGAGAGCGAAGCAGACUGUAGCCAGAUUACUGCCAUGCUAAAGCACAUUGCUGAUAUUGCUCAGGAGCUGCGACCCCCAUCGCUUGAUAUUAAAGAGGAGGAGCUGGGAGAUCUGGUGGAGAAGGAGAUGGCAGCCACUGCCGCAGCCGUUGAAACCGCUGCCUCCAGAAUUGAGGAAAUGCUCAAAAAAUCACGGACAGAUGAUACGGGACUGAAAUUACAAGUCAAUGAACAGAUUUUAGGCUCGUGCACCGAUCUCAUGCAGGGGAUUCAAGCCUUGAUACUGGCCUCAAAGGACCUCCAGAUGGAAAUAGUGGAGAGUGGAACAGGUGCAGCAUCUCCCAAAGAAUUUUAUGCCAGAAACUCAAGAUGGACAGAAGGUCUGAUCUCAGCUUCUAAGGCUGUGGGCUGGGGCGCUACUGUGAUGGUAGAUGCUGCAGAUCUUGUGGUCCAAGGAAAAGGGAAAUUUGAAGAUCUGAUAGUUUGUUCCCAUGAGAUUGCAGCCAGCACUGCCCAGCUUGUAGCAGCUUCCAAGGUAAAGGCAGAGAAGAACAGUUCUAAUUUGACUAGGCUACAACAAGCCUCUAAAGUUGUAAAUCACAAUGCUGCUGGUGUGGUGGCUUCUACAAAGUCAGUCAAGUCCCAGAUUGAAGAAGUAGAUACCAUGGACUUCUCUAGUAUGACCCUAACACAGAUCAAGCGUCAAGAGAUGGACUCACAGGUGCGAGUCCUGGAGUUGGAGAACCAGUUGCAAAAAGAAAGAGAAAAACUCGGAGACUUAAGGAAGAAGCACUAUGAAUUAGCCGGAGUCUCAGAAGGAUGGGGGGAUGCUGCUGAAUAAACUAUAUCACAGCUUCACUCAAUAUACAAAAUGCACACAGCAGAUAACUUUGAAAGCACACGUCUAUGGCAUUCAAUUCAGGUCUUCUCAACACAGCCUGGACUGGCCACAUCCAACUGGUCCCGCGUAUUUCCAUUGGGUUACAGAAUGGCGGAUAGCAAGGAGAAGAGUAUCGAUGGUGCAGAGGAUUCAGGAACCUUUAUACUGCCACGCUCAACUAUCACUCACCUUCAAUGCUUGGGAGACAAAUAUAAUCCAUUUCUUGAUAUAUAUGUUAGUUCAGGAUCACAUGAAGGGGGCCAGAAAAACUCAACAAGGUGCAGAGUAACAGCCCUAGCCUUUGACGUCAGACAGCCUGUCAGAGUCUGGCACCUAAAGGAGACAACUAGGUGCUCGAUAGCUUGAUAACAGCAUUCAGUUACAUCCAUUCAGCUAAAUACAACUCACUUAAUGGUGUGGAGGGACCAGGAGCACAUUUCAGCCCCUAGGGGGCGUAUGAGAGACCUCCAUUUAUUAAUGUUCUGUCAUAUUUAAAAUAGCUGGUGAAGAAAAUGGACUAGAACUUUUUGCCUUAUAGGUUACUGGACAAUGGUAUAGUUACAGAAAGAGAGAAUUACCGUACUUGAUAUUACUGGUGCUGUAAGGUUCUCGGGAGGCAUAAGAAUUAUGAAGUGUAUGGAAGACAUCAAUAUUAUAUAUUGUAUAGAUGUGACCAUAACUCGAGGGAGCAUUAGCACUCAUGACCUAAGAUCACUCGGUAAACUUAAGAACCCAACACAGAUCUUUGUCCAUGAAAGUUCACAUUCACCAAGGGAAAUCCUGCGUGAAUUCUCUCCACCGGUCGGAGCUAUAUGGGUCGUUUCCCAGGGUCCCGUCAUAUCCUGCACUGCCAUGUAAGUUUACAGCAGGAUGAGAGAUGUGGAGGAGUUAAGGCCAUGCAUUCUGAACACACUGUGACUGUAAGAAAAGACGUUCUAUAGGCCAUGGUUUCACAUUCGUGCCAUAAGGCUUGGCACUAGUAGAUGUCACUGUUGCAUUUACGCAAAUAAAUUCAUGUUCAUUUUU